ACACCCACCCACCCCCCAUCCCAUACCCAUUCAUUGUUUGUUGCUGCGACUGUGAGCGAGCGGUUAUCUUCAUCGUUCGUGGGAUCUAUCCUUCCUUCCUUCCCCCCGCUCCCUUCGCAUCCUUACCUGGCCGCCCAUUAGUAACUUCUUCUUCUCUCUUCUUUUUGUGAUUAAUGGACUCCCCGACCACCACAUCGCCAUUGCUAGCAAAUGAGCCAUCCCAUAAAACCUGCAGGAAUAAUAAUCUAAUCCACACUCUGAAAUGCGAUUUCUUAGGUAAGUUGCCGGACAAGGUGAAGACGGCUCUUGAUCCGGAGUCCCUUUUUCAUCCCGACUUGUCCAGGACAACGGGUUUAGCUUCAGGUGAAAAGGAGUACUAUGAGAGGCAGUUUGCGACCUUGAGGUCCUUUGAGGAAGUGGACUCCCUUGGAUCACCCUGCAGUGCCAUCGAUGAAGAGCAUGAUCAUCACGAGGACGCGCAGCAUGAGAGAGCCAUCAACCUUUCCAAUUGGGCUAACAUCUUCCUCCUUGCCUUUAAGAUUUAUGCCACAAUACAAAGUGGGUCCCUGGCCAUUGCCGCUUCGACACUGGAUUCCUUACUAGACCUUUUGGCCGGUGGAAUUCUUUGGUUCACCCACCUGUCUAUGAAAAGCAUCAACAUCUACAAGUACCCCAUAGGGAAGCUGAGAUUGCAGCCUGUUGGGAUUAUCAUUUUUGCUGCAGUGAUGGCUACCCUUGGGUUUCAGGUGCUAGUGCAGGCUGUGGAACAGCUGCUUAGAAACGUACCGUCUGACAAGAUGAGUGGAGAUCAGUUGCUGUGGCUAUACGUCAUCAUGCUCUCAGCAACCGGAAUAAAACUUAUUCUGUGGAUUUACUGUAAGAGCUCAGGAAACAAGAUUGUUCGUGCUUAUGCAAAGGACCAUUAUUUUGAUGUGGUGACAAAUGUGGUGGGGUUGGUGGCUGCUGUUCUUGGUGACAGGUUUUAUUGGUGGAUCGAUCCUGCUGGCGCUAUAGUGUUAGCUAUCUAUACAAUCACCAAUUGGUCGGGAACUGUGUUGGAGAAUGCCGUGUCAUUGGUGGGGCAGUCUGCGCCCCCUGAGGUACUGCAAAAACUUACGUAUCUAGUCCUGAGCCACGAUCCUAAAAUCAAGCGGGUGGAUACUGUGCGAGCUUACACAUUUGGGGUGCUUUACUUUGUUGAGGUGGACAUAGAGCUGCCAGAGGAUUUGCCGUUGAUUGAGGCGCACGCGAUUGGGGAAUCACUGCAGAUAAAGAUAGAGCAGCUGCCGGAGGUGGAGAGAGCCUUUGUUCACCUGGACUAUGAGUGCGAUCACAAGCCCGAGCACACUGUCCUGUGUAAGCUCCCCAACACCGAACCCUGCUGCUGUCAUGAAAUGAAGUCAAUGACAAGAAGAGUGCCUGCCUGGCUGUUUGGGGAUAUUUUCUUUUUAUGGGUUGGGAGUGGGUGGUGCGUUGCUGUGCUGAGGGAGGGAGAGUCAGGGAAGCCAAGCCAAGCCGUGAAUGGUUGAAUUCAUAGUUGGACUGGACUGGACUGGAUUGAUUCUCUAUUACUAUAAUAAUAAGUAAAAGAGCCUAGUAGGUGGCGUGCUGAGAGAGAGGGAGGGAGAGCUGUUUGGUAGUUUUAGAAAUUAGUAGGAACUGGUUUUCUGUUGCAAUGCAUCAUACAUUAUUACAUAGCCCCUGUGUAUUUAGUGCACUUAAAAGAUUUGUAGUAUUUACUCU